AUGCAGAAUCCUUUAACUUUUUCUGCAGGUGGUGUUUUUUUGCAUGCUAGUCCUGCAGAGAAUCAUUGUGUCCAACAAAAUAUGCUGGGUCAGCAAAGCCAAGAAACUUGUGCUGGAAAGACAGUAUCCACAGAUAAACAAAAACCACCUGCGGAUGUAAUACAAGGUUUUCAGAAGAAAAGUCAGUUCAGGACCAUUGCUCCAAAAAUGGUACCAAAAAUGUUAACAUCUGGAUUGGUUUCUUGUCUUCAGUCAUCUUUGCCUGAGCAAAACACACCAAUUUCAGCUGUGGGUUCUAAACCACUGGUGGUACCAACUCAGAACUAUGCUGUCAUGCAGGUGACUGGUCAUGAGGGGACUUUCUCUCUGCUGGCCUUGCCAUAUGUUGCCCCUGCCCUAACACAGCAAGUCCAGCAGCCCAAGGUGUCCCCUUCUGAAAACCUAAAGCUGCCUAUCCCCAGGUACCAGUCUGUAAAAAAUAAAUUGCUGAGUGACAAAAAAGCGGCACAAUUCUCUGCUCUGGGUGCACAUAACAAGAUCCCUGCCAAAGCAUCGACCUUGUCACAGACUCCCCCCAUGACUACCUUAACUGAAGACUGUCCUGAAAUGCAUUCUAGUUCAGACUCAACUGAGCAAAUGUUGCUAACAGGUUGUGACUCAGCUGAAAUUACAGUUGCCACAUUAGUAAAUAAAAGCAAUUGUGUGGAAUCUGCAUCUCCUUUAUUGAACACAACUGAAAUUGCUAACGGUAAUGUUUCUGGACCAUCUGUAGUAAAGGAAUCUUUAUCCAAGGCAGUAAGUACAGUUAAUCCCAUGAAACUAAAUCUACAUUCUGUGAAGACAACAUCUGAAACCACAAGAGAGUCAUUCAUAAUGUCUGAGAAACUAAAGCAAAAACGCACAAAUUUUGCAAAUUCUGUUGCUGUCCUGUCACCAGCAGUUUUUGGCAGUAAAAUUCAAAUGACUCCGUCAGCACCAAAAGGAAAACUUCCUAUUUUGCCUUACUCAAGGAUGAAAAAUACAGUGUUCUGUGAAUCUAAGCAGAAUACUAGUGUUUCAGAUGUAUCUGGUCCUUCACUAAGAUCUGAGUGUGAGAAGAUACGACCUUUGGCAAAAACCUCUCAUGUUCCUACUGAAGCCUCUGAGAAGCCAUUAGCUGUAUCGUUUACACAACUCCCCAGACAAACCACUCGAGAAAAUACCUUCUCUCCCUCCAAUAAAGUGGAUGUUGACAGUCUUAAAAAAUUGAACGGUGCUGCCACUAAAAGAAGAAGCAGGAGAAGAAGAGGCCCAGAUGAUUUAUUAGCUUUUCAGACCAAGCGAAAGAAAUGCAUCAUUAAUAAGAUCAGAGAAGGAAGAGAGAGGGCGAAAGCUGAUCUGCAGCCACAUGAAGACAAAAAUGCAGAAACUGUGAAAAAAUACCGUAGUAUUAGACCAAAACCAGUGGUAGUUGUGCAGGCUUUUGCACCACUGACUUCUGCAGCAAUAGUAGGGACACCAUCUCCUGGCCAUUUAGACCAAGAUAUUCUUCUAAAUAGUUCACUUCCCAACAGAUGUUUAAGUUACAAGCCUAGUGAUGCUACAUCAGCUAAAUCAAGUGAUUUAAAUAGAAAUGCUUGUUCAACCGCACCUAAGCUGUCACAUAAAUGUCAUGUUUGUAACCACAUCUUCCAGUUCAAGCACCAUCUCCAGGACCACAUGAACACGCACACGAAGAGGCGGCCGUACAGCUGCCGGGUUUGCCGCAAGGCCUACAUCCACUCGGGGAGCCUGAGCACCCACAUGAAGCUUCACCACAAUGAAGGCAAACCCAAAAAACUUGUGUGCUGUGAAUUCUGUGCUAAGGUUUUUGGCCAUGCAAAAGUGUAUUUUGGUCACCUAAGAGAAGUGCACAGGGUUGUUAUCAGCACAGAGUCCUCUACUAGCGAGCAACAGCUGCAAGAUGCAUUGAAGAGGAGAGACACAAAUAUAAAAGAAACAGAAGAAGCAAUGGAGAGGGGAAAUAAGUGCAAUUUUGAGGACCUGUUCCAUAACCCAGGAGAAGUGAAAUUACAGAUCAAAUGUGGUCGAUGCCAAUUUAUUGCACAGUCUUUUGGGGAAAUGAAGUUCCACUUACUGUGCUCUCAUGGAGAAGAGAUCCAGGGAAGAGUAAAGGAAGAGGCUUUGCAAGGAAAUAGAGGAACUAAGGAGGGGAAGAUCAAACAUGCAGCCCACUUCUGGAAACAGCGCAGCGAGAGAAAACAUCUAGCAAAAUGCAGUGCCCAUGAGGAGAAGUUUUAUACUCUUCCAAAACUGAAAAGACAGAUGUACUUUUACCAUCAAAAUAAUGUUGAUAUGUUACCUAAAAGUGAACUGGCUCAGUCAGGAAGUGGCCAAGCAGGCAAGGAGAUUCAAAAUGUAGGUUUUGGUACAUCAAGCAAAAAAAUAGAAAUUUGGUCUAAAGUGGGCUAUAACUGCAUUUUAUGCAAACAGUUAUUUGGAAGAAAAGAGGAUCUUCAUAACCAUUGGCAGAGUCAUCAUAACUGUGAAGACCCGUCCACUUUAUGGACAAUUUUUAGUUUGUUAUCAAAACAAGGAAUUAUUGACCUUUCUAAUAAUGGUGAAUGUUGA